CCUGAAAAGUAACCCUUCCACCAUGGCGUACCGCUCUGUCAGUGACUUCUAUGCCGGCAAGACGUUGAUGAUCACCGGUGCCACUGGCUUCAUUGGCAAGGUGCUGUUAGAGAAACUCCUUCGGUGCUGCCCAGACAUCAAGAAGAUAUUCCUCCUUGUCAGACCGAAGAGGGACAAGGGAGCGACCGCCCGUAUCAAAGAGAUCACUUCUGGCAUAAUAUUUGAUAAAGUCAGGGAAGCCCAGCCGAACUUCCGGGCAAAACUAGUCCCCAUCGAGAGCGACCUCAGUGAACCCGACCUUGCCUUAAAUGAAGAAGACAUCAGGACACUGCAGGAAGAGACAGAGCUUGUAUUUCAUGUUGCAGCUACUGUCAGAUUCGAUGAAAAACUAUCAAUCUCCCUCCGGAUGAACGUGUCUGCCACCAGAAAGAUAUUGCAACUCAGCAAAGGGAUGGACAAAUUAUUGGUAUUUCAUCAUGUUUCAACAGCAUAUAGCAACUGUGACCAAUCCAGGAUAGAAGAGGUUGUUUACCCUCCUCCUGUUGACCCAUACAAGAUCUUGGAUGCUGCAGAAUGGAUGUCGGACGACAUGAUAGAGAGCUUAACACCCAUGCUGCUGGGCAAGAGACCAAACACAUACACCUUCACCAAGGCUCUGGCGGAGUAUGUUGUUAUGGAAGAGGGUAAGGGGUUGCCAAUUUGCAUCUCAAGACCGUCUACUGUUUUAGCAGCGUGGAAAGAGCCUUUUCCUGGCUGGGUGGAUAACAUACUAGGUGGAAGUGGACUCGUUGUUGCAGUUGGGAAAGGGUUGUUAACUACAGUGCUCUGUGAUCCAAAGGCUAUUCUUGACGUCACUCCUGUCGAUGUUAUAGUGAAUGCAAUGAUUGGCGUGACGUGGUAUACAGGCAUCCACAAACCUGCCUCCAUCCCAGUCUACAACUUGGUCAACAGUCACGAUAUUCCAUACAAAUUAGGAACACAUUGGGCUGAUCUCGUAGACUGUCUUGAGAUAUUUCCAAUGGAGAAGGCACUUGGACGACCAAUGGUUCAACUCACCAAAUACUCACUAGUAUUUGAAUGGAUGAACCUGUUCAAUGGGAAGAUACCAGCUUUUUUCAUGGAUUGUGUCUCGAAGCUGAGGGGACAGAAACCUAUGAUGAUGAAGAUAAAUCAAAGGGUCGUAAGGCUGGUUUACGCACUGAGGUACUUCAUGUUAAACUCUUGGGACUUUAGCCACCAGAAUAUAGAAGCUCUUUCCACUGCAAUGAACGAGAAAGACAGGGAGGUAUUUUUCACUGAUAUGAAAACGCUCUAUUGGCCGUCAUACAUGAAAGCCUACGUCCUUGGUGCCAAGAGAUUCAUUCUAAAUGAAGAUCUAGACAAUCUCCCUGCAGCACACGGUCAUCAAAGAAUGUUGCGUAACCUCCGAUGGACCUUCAAUACCGUCCUCGCUGUCGUUAUUUGGCGUAUCCUCAUGACCCGGUCAAAGGUCGCCCGGAACUUCCGGGCCUUUGUAAUCAACGUUUUCUUCAUAUUCAUUCGACGUUGUCGCAUGCUUAUUAACUCCAUGGGUCGAUCUAAUUGAUUAUGCUUUGUCACCAAUUCUUGCUACUUGGUGUGGCAGGUGAGAUGUGGUAGGUAAUAUGCAGGUCUUUGAUAUAGAUACAGAGCCAUUGGCCCGUAUCCUGAAGUCAGGUUCAACUUAGACCACGGUCUAACUCUGUGCUAAAAACAUAUGGGAAGCCAGAAG